GUCACGCUCCUCGGAAGUGUUAUAAUUGAGCCUGUGAGUUCAUCGAUCAGUCAGUGAAUUUGGCAGCGCACGAGGGGCGCAUUUAGUCUUUCGCACCCUAAUACGUUGUGCGUCUUAUUCGUGGAUUUAGACAUUCCUUCUCUUCAGACUGCCAGACACCGUGGGAACUGGGUGAUGUUGAAUAUGGAGGAUUUGAAAGCCCCUGUCAGAUUUUUCAACAAGUCUUCAUUCAGCAUCAGCAGCCUGCUGUUUCGACGAGAGGGAGUGAUGAGUGACGACGGCGCCGCACUGGAUGGGAUCCUUUCCGGAUGCUCCAAGCCCCUUUCCAGAAAACACAUUUCUUCGGGUCUAUCUGCUAGGCCUAAAGAAGUUAGUGCUCAAGAUAGAAAAUAUGAUUUACAUAGAGACAAAAACUGUGAUAAUAAAGAAUACGCCGUCCAAGAGGACAAACGAGUCUCCAGAAAUGGCAAAAGAGAAGACGGAGAAGAUACGGAGAGAGUUGGAGAGGUGAAGACAUGUGGAGGAGUAGAGGGAAAAGACAAACCGGAGAAACCUCCUUUCAGCUAUAACGCUCUGAUAAUGAUGGCUAUUAGCCAGAGCCCGGAGCGAAGGCUUACCCUCAACGGCAUUUAUGAGUUCAUCAUAGGUAAUUUCCCUUACUAUCGAGAAAAUAGAAAAGGAUGGCAGAAUUCCAUCCGACAUAACCUGAGUCUGAACAAGUGCUUUGUCAAAAUACCUCGCCAUUAUGAUGACCCAGGCAAAGGCAACUACUGGAUGCUUGACCCUUCAAGUGAGAACAUGUUCAUAGCUGGCACAACUGGUAAACUCCGGUGCCGUUCCACGGCGGGCACCCGGGCAAAGUUGGAAAUUAAACGGGAUUCGCGUUUGACCACCACUGCCGCCGGGCUGGCGUUCACUGGGUCAUUUUAUUGGCCGGUGCCAUCGUUUCUAAACCUUCAACAUCCUGCGCACUCAUACCCGGGCACAGGGUCAUAUGUAGGGCCCCAUCAGUCCAACUAUGCCACCUCGAUCCUUUCUCAACGGUCACACCACACCACCGUGAGUGCCAUAAAUGCUAGGGCAGACCGAAUCUUCCAAACAAACCAAGAGUCGUCUUAUGUUGGCAUGGGUGGAGAUGCGCAGUACUGUCGCCAUCACCAAAUGAGCGCAGCCACAACAUUCGCCUCUUCAUCGUUGCCAUGCACUUUGUCUCUCGCUAACCCUUGUUCCUUUAACCUGCUCUCCGGACAAGCGAGUUAUUUUUACUCGCAUCACCAGGUACCCCACCCGGUGACGUUCAAUGCAUGGUGCCAGGAGGAGUACCCCUCAUCCAAGGCAUCUCCUGCCGGACACAUUUACUCCGGAAAGAAUGGACCAUCGGAUUGCUUGGGGAGUUUAUGCAUGGAGUUCCCUAAUUAUUUUCUUCCAAGUAGCCACACGAGCACCCUCAACACCAAUCUUUCUUGGGAUGCAGGGAAAUGACCAUAUUUAAUUAUCUAUUUAAAUUUAAAAUGUAUGUUUCUCUUUAAGUAUUGUAUCUUUCUAAUGUCUACCAAUACUGCGAAAUUGAUUUAAAUAAUUGAUGUGAGUUUGCUAUUAUCCAAAUAGUCCUAUCUGUCUUUGGAAAGAAAACAUUUAUUUCAUCAUCCGUUUUUAAAUAAUCGCCAGUCACGCGUGAAUGUGCAAUUUCCAUCUAAACGUAUUAGUAAAAUCACCACUCACCAUUUCAAUUUUUUUUUCAGUGCAAUAACCUAGAAUAAUGUUGUAUUAUUUCACGAAUAAUGGGCAAUAUUUGUGGUGCGUUCAGAUAAUUAAAAGUGUAUUUUCCUUUGAUAGCAUUUCGUUAGUAGCCUUUUAAAAUACCAAAUAUAAUACCAACUAUACGUCACAAGAUGAGAGAUGCUGUAAGAUAGUUUCACAAUGGUGAAUGAUGUCGUAAAAUACAACUAUUUGGCAUCUGUUAAGCUAAUUAACAGGGUCGAGAUUGCUAUUGCGAGAUGUUGCAUCACCGUUUAGGCUACAUUUACGCACAGGCUCAUCACUCGCUGACAUUUGUAUUCGUUUUUUCGUUCUUGGUGUCGUAACUCCGUUUUGCGAUUUUUAGGCCUAAGUCUUAGGGAUGUUGGCUAUAUGGAACAUCAUUUAAAAUAUAUAUAAAAUAAUGAAAAUAACUUGUACAACAGUGUCCCAUGAGUGCUCUCCAGAUAUCUGUAGAAAACUGGCGAGAUUGUCCAAUGAUAGCCUUAUUUCCAUUAAUAUAAAUUGAGAAAUUGAUGUGCUUGAACAAUUCACUGUUAACUUAAAACAAACUUAGAUAACAAUCGUCUUCUUAAAUGUCCUCUAUCAAUCGUAUUGCUUGAGGAAGGAUGUGCGUAAUUCAUUUAAAACGAAAUCUUAACGAAAUCUUUAGUCACGUCUGGAAAGGUAUUAGAAUAAAGUAUUUACUCUGAUGCAACUAAAAUAAUGUAUAAAUUAGAAACAAAAGUCAAUAAUUGUUUUGAUACUCCAGGAUUAAAAAUAAAACAUUGGCUAAGAAUUGUCUCUCCUGCACUAGUCUAUUUCGUCAAAAUCAAAACUAUAGGGAUUGUCUCCAUUUGUGUCUCAAUAUGAACACAAUGCUGUGUUGAGCAUUUCCUACGUUUUAGAAUACAACUAAACUAAAUACAGUGGCAAGAAAAACCCUUUGGAAUUACCUGGACUUCCAUAAAUUGGUCAUGAAAUUUGAUCUGAUCUUC